UAUUGGCUGAGCUCCGCACCACCAGGCUAUAGUGGCGGAAGUCGGCCCCGCCCCUUCCUCUUUCUCUCGAACCGGGCAGCCUCAUCCGCGAACAGCGCAGCAAUGGCCAAGAUUAAGGCUCGGGACCUGCGCGGCAAGAAGAAGGAGGAGCUGUUGAAACAACUGGAUGAUCUGAAGGUGGAACUGUCCCAGCUUCGCGUGGCCAAAGUGACAGGCGGCGCCGCGUCCAAGCUCUCCAAGAUACGAGUCGUACGCAAAUCCAUCGCCCGUGUCCUCACUGUCAUUAAUCAGACUCAAAAGGAAAACCUCAGGAAAUUCUACAAGGGAAAGAAGUACAAGCCCCUGGACCUGCGACCCAAGAAGACGAGAGCCAUGCGCCGCCGGCUCACCAAGCAUGAAGAGAAGCUGAAGACCAAGAAGCAGCAGCGGAAGGAGCGGCUAUACCCACUGCGCAAGUACGCAGUCAAGGCCUGAGACGGCGACAGUGACAAUAAAGUGCACGACUGACGAGC